AUGUCAUCAGGUAUUCAAUCUUUAUUGAAGACAGAAAAAGAAGCGGCUGAAAUCGUAAAUGAAGCUAGAAAGUAUAGAACUCAAAAAUUAAAAUUGGCUAAACAAGAUGCUCAAUCAGAAAUUGAUGAAUAUAAAAAACAAAAAGAAUCAGAAUUAACCAAAUAUGAAAAAGAUCAUGAAGGUUUAAAUGAAAAAAUUGAUAAAGAAGCAGAUGAACAAGUUGCCAAAGAAAUUAAAGAAUUGAAAGAAAAGUUCAAUGCUAAAAAGGAUACCGUUGUUAAAUUAUUAUUUGAUGCAACAAUUAAACCAAAUCCUCAAUUACAUAUAAAUGCUACUACAGCCAAAUAG